AUGGCGUCCCCGUCGUCCUACCAGGCGGAGGAGGAUGAGAGUCUGAAGGGGUGUGAGCUCUACGUUCAGAAGCAUGGCGUUCAGCAGGUCCUCAAGGACUGCAUCGUGCACCUGUGCAUCUCCAAGCCCGACAGGCCCAUGAAGUUCCUGCGGGAGCACUUCGAGAAGCUGGAGAAGGAAGAAAACAGACAGAUUCUGACACAGCAGAAGUCAGACUCCCAUGAUGAGGAGGUCUCCCCAACCCCACCGAACCCCGUGGUGAAAGCCCGCCGCCGCCGAGGGGGCGUGAGUGCCGAGGUGUACACGGAGGAGGAUGCUGUGUCCUACGUGAGGAAGGUCAUCCCGAAGGACUACAAGACCAUGACGGCUUUGGCCAAAGCCAUCUCCAAAAAUGUGCUGUUUGCCCACCUGGACGACAACGAGAGAAGUGACAUCUUCGACGCCAUGUUCCCUGUCACGCACAUCGCCGGGGAGACCGUCAUACAGCAAGGGGACGAAGGAGAUAACUUCUAUGUGAUCGACCAAGGAGAGGUAGAUGUGUAUGUGAACGGAGAGUGGGUGACCAGCAUCAGCGAAGGGGGCAGCUUUGGGGAGCUGGCGCUUAUCUAUGGCACCCCCAGGGCGGCAACCGUGAAAGCCAAGACGGACCUCAAGCUCUGGGGCAUCGACCGGGACAGCUAUCGGCGCAUCCUCAUGGGCAGCACACUGAGAAAGCGCAAGAUGUAUGAGGAGUUUCUCAGCAAGGUCUCCAUCCUGGAGUCCCUGGAGAAAUGGGAGCGCCUGACCGUGGCGGAUGCCCUGGAGCCCGUGCAGUUUGAGGACGGAGAGAAGAUCGUGGUCCAGGGGGAGCCUGGGGAUGACUUCUUCAUCAUCACGGAGGGCACGGCCUCCGUCCUCCAGCGCCGGUCCCCCAACGAGGAGUACGUGGAGGUGGGGCGCCUGGGGCCCUCUGACUACUUCGGGGAGAUCGCGCUGCUGCUGAACCGGCCCCGGGCAGCCACCGUAGUGGCCCGGGGGCCCCUCAAGUGCGUCAAGCUGGACCGGCCCCGCUUCGAGCGUGUGCUGGGCCCCUGCUCCGAGAUCCUCAAGAGGAACAUCCAGCGUUACAACAGCUUCAUCUCCCUCACUGUCUGA